CAUAGUUGUAGGAAAAUAUAACCGAUUUUUUUUUGCACAUUUUUGCCAUUUUCCUUCAAAUUUGUUCUUUCUUUUAUUGAUCAUUUCUCCAUUUUAUAAUCACUCCCGCUUGUUAUUGUGGGUGUGAUUCGUUUUUUAAUUUCCUUCUUUAAUUAUUACACAUUUCAUGAAACAACUAACGAGAGGAGCAGUUAUAAUUUUGAUUGGAAAAAGAUAAUUAAAAAUAAAAAAACAUGAGUGGAGGUGGAGAAGAUGAAGGAGAAGGAUCAUUGGAAUUUACACCAACGUGGAUUGUUGCUGCUGUUUGCACCGUCAUUGUUUCCAUUUCUUUAGCUCUUGAGCGCUUCCUCCAUUAUACUGGAAAGCAUUUGAAGAAGAAGAAACAGAAGCAUCUUUAUGAAGCCUUACAGAAAGUUAAAGAAGAGUUGAUGCUGUUGGGGUUUAUAUCCCUGCUGUUAACGGUAUUUCAAGGUCGCAUUGUCAAAUUCUGUGUGCAUCAGGAUGUUGUAAAACACUUACUUCCUUGCUCGUUAUCGUUGGAGGCUAACUCAUCUUUGCCACAUGAAUCGACUCCUGCUAGUCCGCAUUCACAUCACCAUCGCCAUUUGCUUGUAGAAGAAGCGGCUGCUGUUGGUUACUGCCAUCACAAACAUAAGGUCCCGUUACUAUCUCUUGAGGCGUUGCAUCACCUUCACAUUUUUAUCUUUGUCUUAGCUACUGUGCAUGUGACUUUCUCUGUUCUGACUAUUGUAUUUGGAGGAGCAAAGAUACGUCAAUGGAAGUACUGGGAGGAUUCAAUCGUAAAAGAUAAUUAUGAGUCGGAGCAUGAUCAUCUGAGACCAUCAGUUACCCAUGUCCAGGAACAUGAUUUCAUCAGGAAUCGGUUUCAGGGUAUUGGUAAACAAUCAGCCAUUUUAGGUUGGGUGCAUUCUUUCUUUAAGCAAUUUUAUGCUUCUGUCAACAAGGAAGACUAUAGAGCACUUCGUUUGGGAUUCAUAACGACACAUUGCAGGGGAAAUCCAAGAUUCAAUUUUCACAGGUACAUGAUACGAGCACUGGAAGACGAUUUCAGGACAGUUGUCGGUAUCAGUUGGUAUCUCUGGAUAUUCGUAAUCCUCUUCUUGUUGCUUAAUAUUAAUGGUUGGCAUACCUAUUUCUGGAUUGCUUUCAUUCCUUUCAUUCUUUUGCUUGCUGUGGGCACAAAGUUGGAGCAUGUGAUUAUACAGUUGGCUCAUGAAAUUGCUGAGAAACAUGUAGCAGUAGAAGGUGAAUUGGUUGUACAACCUUCUGAUAGUCACUUUUGGUUCGAUCGCCCUCAAAUCGUCCUCUUCUUGAUACAUUUUAUUCUCUUCCAAAAUGCUUUUGAAAUAGCAUUUUUCUUCUGGAUUUUGUUCCAAUAUGGCUUUUACUCCUGCAUAAUGGGAAAAUACGUGUUUGUCGCCCCUCGGCUUGUCAUAGGGGUGUUCAUUCAGGUUUUAUGCAGCUAUAGUACAUUGCCACUUUAUGCUUUAGUUACACAGAUGGGCAGUCACUAUAAGAAGUCAAUGUUUGAUGAUCAUGUUCAAGCUUGCCUUAUAGAAUGGGCUGAGAAGGUGAAAAAGAAGAAAGCACAAAAGGCUGCUAGAGAUGGUUCUAACCAUCCAACUGAUGAUGGCUUUACUAUAGGAUCACCAGAGUCUGUACAUGGCUGCAGAAACCUCUCUCCAAAUGGGGUUUAGCUAACACUUACAUCCAUGUGAUUGAGAUUGUAAAACUGUGGUACAAUCCAUCACUGAGGUCUCGAGUCGAGGAAUAAAAAACAACCUCUAUCAGUCAGACCUCCUCAGAUGUAUGAUAAUAGUGCUAGAUUCUGCAAAACAGUUUAGAUUUUAGUUCCUCUUAAUAAAUCUAGUGCUGUCACUAAGCUGAGGUAGGGUUUUUUGUAUAUAUUCCGCCAGCUUAAUGUUCAAUGAAUUAAAAUAUUUAGUUUACAAUGUCUACUAUUUCUUGCA